CUUCGAUCGCGUCGGAUUGUCUUUGGGUGCUGCAGUGCCGAAAUGAAGACUCAUUGGCUUGGCUUUCUUUUUGCAGUGAUCGUAAUCAGUGCAGUUGUUUUGGGGAAAGAAUUUCCCUGCGAUCUGCGGGAUACGAAGCAUGGAAGUGUUUGUGUUUGCAACAGCACCUACUGCGAUUAUCUGGAACAGCCACAGCUCGCUGAUAGCUCUCAGAUUGUGGUGAUUAGUUCCAGCAAGGAUGGCUUGCGCUUUAAGAAGACCACAGGUGAUCUUUCAGAGAAAAAACCUAUAACAGUGGAUGAUAAACAGUUUACUGAUGAGAACUUCAAGGCGGAGGCGAUUGUCGUGGAUGAGCAGAGAGCCUGGUUACAGAUGGCUAAUAUUCGUCAACGAUUGUUUAUCAAUGCCAGCAUUAAGACAUUCAAAAUAUCUGUGAAACGAGAGCAGAAAUACCAAAAUAUUUCCAUUUUUGGUGGAGCUCUUACAGGAGCAGUUUCCCAUUUGGUAAAGCAAUUACCAGAAGAGCUACAAGAUCAUGUCUACAGAUCCUAUUACCAUCCCGAUGGCAUCGCCUACAACACUGUUCGAAUGUCUAUUGGUGGCUGUGAUUUUGAUAUCGCACCCUGGGCUUAUAACGAAUGGCCUCGUAAUGAUGAAAAAUUAAGUAACUUUACAGAGCUGGAUCCCAGAGAUCUUGAGAAAAUUGAUCAACUAAAACGCCUAAAGGCAGUUGGCCAACUAGAUGAACUAAAGAUCAUGGCAGCAGCCUGGAGUCCACCCCCAUGGAUGAAGACCAACGGCCGCUGGACAGGAUAUGGUCAGCUGAAAUCGGAAUAUUACCAAACCUGGGCUCUCUACCAUCUCAAAUUUCUCGAACUCAUGAGGGCUAAAAAUAUGCCGAUUUGGGCCAUAUCCACUGGCAAUGAGCCGCUAAACGGCGUCAUUGCCUUCUUCUUUGUGCACUUCAUGAGCCUGGGCUGGACGCCUAAACAGCAGGCUAUUUGGCUGAGCGACAAUCUGGGGCCAACCAUCAGGAAUUCGGCGGAGAGCAAGGUGCUCAUCUUUGGUGAUGAUGACCAGCGUUAUACUUAUCCCUCGUGGUUUGAAAAGAUGAACACCUCCCGCAACAAUUCGCUGUCCUACUUAGAUGGCCUCGCCGUUCAUUGGUAUUUUGAUGACCUAAUAAGUCCUCAGGUGAUUGACCAGGCACACAUGCAAAUGCCUAACAAGAUGAUAUUGAAUACAGAGUCCUGCAUUGGGGACAAGCCAUGGCAGACCCACGGACCGGUACUAGGAAGUUGGCAGCGCGGAGAGGCCUAUAUGAGAGCCUACACCCAGGACUUUAGGCACCAUUUCAAUGGCUGGAUAGAUUGGAAUCUAGUGCUGGAUGAAGAAGGUGGUCCGAACUAUGUAAAGAACUUUGUGGAUGCUCCGAUCAUUGUGAAUGCCACGAGUCGGGAUGAGAUAUAUAAACAGCCGAUCUUCUAUGCCAUAGGGCACUUCUCUAAGUUUCUGCCAGAGCAAUCGGUGCGCAUCGAGACGCGAAUCGAGAACCAGACCAAUCCCUUCACCCAGCUGAGUGUUGUGGGUUUCCAGCGACCAGACGGCAGUGUGGCGUUGAUCAUCUACAAUGGCCAAAAUAUGCCCGUGGAUGUGGUCCUCAAUGAUAGCCAACGCGGAGAGAUAAAACUUCGCCUGCCGCCGCGUUCCUGGCAUACAGUUCUCUACAAAUGAGCUGGCCCCCCGGUUCCCAGUUUCCCAGAACCCAAACUAAAUAGUAAUUUAAACUAGACACUAGGAAUGGGGCAAGUAGUCCAGCUGCCUUUGUCGCUGCCCAGAGGACCAAUUGAGAGUCAAGUGACACAACAAGGCAAACGGAAGGAAGCCAAUAAAUUGCCCUCAACAGGAUGAGCAGGAUAAUGGAUAUAGAGCUAGGUAUAGUGAGAAGAGGGGGGAUUCGAAAUUCGAAUACAAGGAUGCAACAACGGAAAUUUGUUUAAGCUGCUCAAUUUGCCGGAACGCGUCUGUUUACAAUGAAUUUUCAUUUGCCGUUUAAUUUUUGUUCUUGUCAGAGGGGAAUGGGAAUACGGCAAAGUACAAACGUCAUGCAUGUUCCUAUAUAGCAUAUAUAGUAUAUAGUAUAUAGGAACAUAUCUCGGAUCAAGUUGAGUGACAACUGGCAGUCGAGCGGCAACGACGACUGCCUCUCUUUUCGAAUAUUAUUAUCUUUAAGACUGGCACUUUGGGGUCUCGACUAUUUGUUUAAUAUGCUCUAUAAAUAUGAUUGUCAAUUGAGCGCCAAGCAAAUGCAUUUUCCCAUUUGCUUUCCCGCUUUCCCGCACAAAAUGGGGCGUUUUAUGUAAGUCUAUAAAUUAAAACAUGAAACAUUUAUAAACUGCUCUUUGCCGCCGCAAUGCUCUUUAAUUAUGUUUUUAGUUUUAAUAUAUAAAUAUUAUUUAGAUGAGUACUUGGAAUGUUUGUCAUAUCCUUGACUUUGAUUUUUUGGUUUUUCUCAAACUACUUAUGAGUAAAAUAAACUUAAUGUCAAGAUGUUUAAAAUUUGUUAUUUCGAAAUAAACAAGCUUUUAAAUGGGAUUAUUUUUUCAAAAUAUUUAAAUUGCAAUUUAUAAAUAAGUCUUAUUAAUUAAGCAUAACUUUAUGAAUCAUUCUAAGAAACAGCAAAUCGUUUAAGAACUUAGAACAUUUUAAUAAAUAAUAAUAAACAAAUA